AUGAAAAAUGCCCUGUUAUCACAUGGUGGUGUCGAGGGAGUAAGAGUGGCUGUAGUACCGUGCAUCGAUGAUUCUUUCGUCGCUCAGCUAGAUAAAAUCCCUGGAAUAAGUAAACUGAACAACUUUGAGUUCAAAGGAAGAAAUAUUGUUACAUGGCGAGCUUAUGAUGUUGGAAAAGGAAAAAGAAUAAGUUUAUCGAAGAUCCAAGGUAACCGUGUAUGCUUUUCUAACACAUUCCCUGGGGUAAUGGGUGUGGCAAUAGACAUGCAUGGUGGACACUAAAAAGUAUGGGCGAAAAAGUUAGUUUGGGCAAAUGUAAAGGUAUCAUCCGACAAAAAUCUAUUAAAGCCACUACAAUUAUCUUUAAUUUCGCAUUAGUCGUACGACAAAUUGCCGUAUAAAGUGAGUGCCUUUCAUAGAGGGAGAAAAUUGUAUUAUGCAGCCACCGUUAAUUUUUAGGGCACCAAAGUCAGAACACAUCACUGAUCUGUUCGUAGAGUAAUUAUAUUCUAUCUUAUUGUUGUAGAUAUAACCUUUAAUUGAAUCACUGUCGAGUUUUCAUCUGGAAAUUUUAAACUCGUUAAAUCAACAGCCGAAAACACAAAGCGAAACCAGCAAUCUGUGACUACUGAAUUCGAAAAGGCCGUACAAGAAGAGAAGGCAGAAGAUAGUGAAUCACCAAUCUACUCUUGUCCUCAAGAAGGAUGCACUCGUGUUUUCCAGAGAUCUUCUGCACUAGAAAAACAUCUUUCUUUGGAAUCCUGCACCAGCAUUCUUGAAAAGCAGACCAUGUUGGAUGUUGCAAAAGAAAAAUAUGCAUCCCUUUUAAAGGAAGAUGUUUGCGCGAUUCCAUCCAUAAGCACUUCUUGCAGCACUGUCGUUGCCGAUUCCUAUCCUGUUGCCCAGGAGGGGUGGGCACUUAAAGAAUCGACAAAAAGUUAUCGUUUCAACGAAAAGCAAAAAAGCUACCUAACCUCUAAGUUCAACAUCGGCCAAGAGACAGGACGGAAAAUGAAAGCGGACGUUGUAUCGAAAGAAAUGAGGCAUGCGCGCGGGGAGGAUGGUCACCGGCUAUUCGGUGUCACGGAGUUUCUUUCUGUUGAACAAGUUUCCUCAUUCUUUUCUCGCAUGGCUGCAAAGGUCCGACAGCAAAAGAUCACUAUAACGGAAGCAGAUGCUGCGGCUGCUGUAGAAGAGGAUAAUUUUCAUGAAAUGAGAAACAAAGUUUUGUCAUCGUUGCAACUACAACACCCUAUCGAUUUUGAUCAAUAUAAUGUAUGUGAUAUGGUGAAAAGUAGUACUCUGAAAAAAUUGAAAAUGGAUAUGCUUCAACGCCUAUGCGAAGAACUUAACCUCGAUGUUCCAGAAAAUGUCUGGCAAGAAGAAGAACACAAAAUUACCUUACAUCAAGCUCCUAGAAAGUGCUGUUUCCGGAUGCUCCUGUAA